AAUGACCUUGACCCAACCUGUUUUCUUUAAUCGGACUCGUUGCACUUUGAAAGAUGAAUCCUUAAGUGUUUAUGCCUCAGUAACAUGUGACAUGUAAUCCACAGAAGUAACUAUGCUUUCAGAAUGAUUGUUCUAUGGUUUUAUGUUGUCAUUCAGUUGACCAUUAUACAUGGAGAAUAUGUAGAGAGAAUAAUAAAUGGUAAACUGAAACGUUGUAUACCUGUCUACAAUUGUCCACCUGGAAAUGAAAUAUUGCCAUGUAUAGAAGAAUUUACCAAAGAACAGUGUCAGCCAUGCUAUAAUGGGUCAGAAUCUAGAUUUGUACAACCUGAUUACAUCUCCUCUGUUGAUGGAACCAUAGAUCAACUGAAAUGUUUUAAGCCUCUACGACAAAACAAUGGGAGGCCUGCUAGUUGUACUGGCCAUGAUCAAGUGUAUUCAAAGAUCCUGAAUACAAGUGUGGCCUGUAUAAAUGGACAGGGAUGCAGGUGUAACUUAACUGCUUGCUCUUAUGGUGAUCCAUGUCUUUGUGAUGAUUUCUCAUACAAGCAUCCUGAAAAGUGUCCUGUAAACUUUCAUCUGGAUAAUUCUGGAAAAUGCGUUCCAUGUCCGUCAGGAUAUAAAAAGGAUACCAUUGGAUGUGGUCCCUGUCUCAGGGUACCUGGAAACAAUACUAUUAUAAAACCUUCCGCUGUGCCUGAGACCACAACUCCAAAGAGUGCAGUACAGACAUACCAACCAAAACCACCAGUUGUUGAAACCACUAUAACCACAACAACAAGUACUCCAGCAACAGUCAUCGUGUCCACACCUGGGCCAAGAGGGGGUGGGGAUGACAACUCAACCACUGCAAAGAUAAUUGGUAUAGUGGUUGGUAUUUUGUUUCUGAUAGGUAUUAUUGUAGUAGUAAUUGUACUUCUCAACAAAAACAAGAAAUUGGAAAAGUUUAAAGCUCUGUGUCAUGGAAACAGAAGAGGCGUAGAAGAACGAGUUGUGGUUAUUAAUCAAGAAGAUGAACAGCAACCACUGAACAGAAAUGUAAAUUUCAAUGAUUUAGAUCCUGAACAACAGGACAACAUUAAUAAUAUAAGACAUAUGCACGUUAUAGAACGAAAUGUUAGUGUGACAGAUAAACCUGAAAAUAACAACUUAACAAGGGUGGAUAGUGAAUGUCCUAGUGUGAGAUUUAACUCUGAUAGUUCUGUGUCUAUAAAUAGACAACUAUCAAACAUUACCGUGACAGACAGAAUAAAUAGUUCUGCUUCAGAAAAUAGUCCUUUAAUGCAAGUUAAUACAAACUCUCCGUGUGUUAAUCGUGCAAACUCUGUGCCUGAUAGACAAGUAUUCCAUCAUGGAGAAUUGUCUGUUAACCGUCAAGUAUUAAAUCGUGCCGAGUCUGUUCCCCAGCAGGUCUCCUGUGAAGAGGAGGAUGGAGAUAUUUGUAUAAAUAUAGGAAAUUCACCCGUUCACAGUCCGACAAGUCAGUUAUUGCCUUCACCUACACGUUACCCAUAUAUGGAGAAUGGGGGCGGUGCUUGUAUUCCGCUGCCAGACUUUGAUAACAUACAAUCAUCUAGUCCUGUCAUGAACACUGAACUUCCAAAUAUAGCAGAAUUCAAACGUUCAUUAAGUAAAGAUUCAGAAUCAUCAGCAGAUAAUCUCAACAGCACUUCUCCCUAUAGUUCUAUUCCAGAGGAAACUGGUAAAGAAAUACAAGAAGAAGUGACUGCUGUGUCCAAUCUUAGUUCUACAAUGUUAGACCCACCACACAUGAGUGACAUGAGAGACUAUAAUGAUUGUCAUAAUCUGUCUCAUGUCACAGACAUACCACAAGCGAGUGAUAUUACAAAUCAAAUAGACAGUCGAUUAGAACAGUAUAAUCAUACCGUGACAGGCGUUGAUGAAGAUUCUGUGUGUAGUAUACAACGUUUACCGUCAGAGCAUGAGGAAGAGACGGCAAAGAAAAAUGAUUUAGACAGCAAUCUAGAUUCAGGAAUGGCGUCAAAACUCGGCGAUUCUGAUCUGUCAUCUAAAUCAGACUGCUCAUAGCAAUAAAGUAAUACAUUGUAUUAAUUGUAUUAUUUUGAUGUAAGUGUGUAUAUACAUUUUAAUUAUUCAUUAUCAAAUAACGGAUAAACUUCUUUGUUUUAAACUGAUGAUACUUUGUUGUGUGAAACAUUAACAAUUUUAUACCAAUUUUAGUGUUAAGCAGUUGAGAGAUUUUUCUUCAGAACCCACCCUGGCAUAUAUAUUAAUUGGUUAAUUUUAAUCAUUUUUUUUAUUUAUUGCAUUUUAAGACCUCAAAGAGUCUUCAGCAAAGAUUUAAAUGGUAGUUAGAAAUUAGUGGUAUUGCUUUUUAAAAUUUUUGAUUGAAUUGUAUAAUUUACAUUAUAUAUCUGACUGAAUUUGAUAGUAGGUAAACAUACUUUUUAUAAAGUUAUCUUUCG